UAGGACCAGGUUAAAUUCCCCACGUGAUUUCUUUACGUUCCCUGUAGUUGCGCCACGUGGAGCGAACUAUGCCCCUUGUGAACCUCCCGGCUCGAACUCCAACAGCUGCUUCUCAAACUUGUUUUUAGAUCUCUCUCGAUUUAAAUCCUCUGCGGUCGAACCUACCUAAUUCCAUUUCACCACCCAAUCACGUUCCUCCACCUUAACAAUGCUCUGUUCGGUGCCGGCGGGCAAGUCCGCCGGCGGCUCGAACUGGCUCAGCCGGAUCCGCUCCAUAAAGGGCUUUCCCGCCGGCGAUGACGACGACCUCGGCCACUUCAUCACCCAAAACCUUAACUCGUCCGCCUCCGAGUCGACUCGGCUGGACCCACAGAGAAUCGCCGUCCCGAAUAGCCCGGAGGCUCCGGGGCGAAUCAGGGGCCGAGUAGAGCCGGAAUGGGUCGGCGCGAUGGACACCGUCCUGUCCGAGCUCUUCUUCAUGGGCGGCGCCGGCGAAAUUAGCUCCUCCAGGCAUUCCGGGAAAAGGAUUCCCAGGAAACAAACAAACCCUAAAAUCUGUGCGGCGUCCGCCAGCAAUAACAACAACAACAACAACAACAGCGGCAACAGCAACUCGAGCGGCGUCGUCGAGCAGAAAAAGAAAGGCUCGGAUUUUGCUCCGAAAACCGCGUCGUUGAGUUCGGACAGUGGCAACAAUAGUACUAGAGAAGGACAUGGCAAUGUCGAUGUCGAUUUCGAUGUCGACGAUGAAGACGAGGACGAGAAGGAGCUAAAAGGAUACUCGAGGAGUGAAGUGACGGUGAUCGAUACGAGCUGCGGAUCGUGGAAGUCGGAGAAGCUGGUGUUUAGGAGGAAGAGUGUGUGGAGAGUUAGGGAGAAGAAGGGGAAGCUGAGGAAUUUUGGGAGGAAGAAGAGGAAAUUAGCCAUUGAUGAUCAUCAUGUCAUGUCUUUGGCUUCAUCUGAUCAUCACCAAUCUUUGAUCAUGCCUUCAUCAGAUGAAGGACAAAACUUAAAGAACGACUCUAGGGAAGAAAAAUGCAAAGGCACAGCAAAUAAUCUUAAUAUGACGAGAGAAGAAGUCAGUACAGACUCACCAAAUAACCUCAGCGAAGAUCUUAAGAAAAGGUCUCAGGUUUCUGGAUCACUGAAGAAAGUGAAAAAGGGUGGCUCAUCAGUUGUUCUUAUCAAAGGCGUUCCGACAGACAAGAAAAACGCAGUCAAGCUUUCUAAGAACUGUCCCAAGAACACUCAAAAACAAAACAAGACUUAAAAGACUCAAUGCUACUCCAAAUUGUUUAUGAAUCAGACGGGGACCACCAGCGAUGCAAUCGCCUCAGCAUUCUUUAAAUCAUCUGUAUUCGAUUCUUUUUGUAUCAUUUCUCCCGGAAACGUAUAUGGGGUUUGUUCAUACUCCAUAUACGGACAUUGAGAGUGGUCGUCGUGCUGAUCCAUCCUUGCCAAUUAAACAAGUUGUGAAUAGUGAAAUUUAUUUUUGUUUCUCUCUGCGUCUCAACAAUCUGUUCGUGAUAUGUCAUUCUUGAUUUUCUCUGUAAACAUGUUAGUCAACAAAGUUUAAUGUUCAAUAAUUCAAAGUUCAAACUAUUGUUUAUUUGACUAUCGC